AUGUUGCCUUCAGCGGCCCUCUCCACUAUUUCCUGGAUGCUUCUCUCCUGCCUAAUGCUUAUAUCUCAGGUCCAAGGUGAAGAUGUGGUAAAGAGCCUCCCUGCUGCACGGAUCACCUGUCCAAAAGGCUCUGUGGCAUAUUUCUCAUACUGCUAUGCUUUAUAUACAACUCCCGCAGCCUGGAUGGAUGCAGAAAUAUCUUGCCAGAGCCGGCACUCAGGACACCUUACAUCCAUACUCACCGGGUCUGAGGCUUCUUUCGUGUCUUCCCUGAUCAAAAGCAGCUCGAGUCGCCAAACCUAUGUCUGGAUUGGGCUUCAUGAUCCCACAGAGGGUAACUACCCCAAUGGGGGUGGCUGGAUGUGGAGUAGCACUGAUGUGAUGAACUACCAGAUCUGGGAGAAACGCCCACCCACCAACCCAAACUUUGGCUUCUGUGGAAGUGUGACGCAGAGCUCAGGUUUUCGGAAAUGGAAAGAUUAUAACUGUGAUAUAAAGUUACCCUAUGUCUGCAAAUUCAAGAACUAA